AGUAUUGUCACCCAGUUGUUGAAUGAAAUUCUUUGACAUGAAGUUACUGAUUGUGACUGUUUUGGCCCUGACAGUAGUCUCAGCGAGGCAUAUUACUCUUGAAGAUGUCAUCGAACUAGAAAAUAACUCUGCAUACAACUAUUUGAAUAAAAUCGCUGUUCCUUUAGCUGAACAGCUCCGUAAGGCUGAAGAAGAAGGCAUACAGGAUCCAUCCAGGAUAGUAGGUGGUCAACUUGCCAGUCUGGGGCAAUUCCCUUAUCAGGCUGGGCUUCUCCUUCAUCUUCCGGGCUUUAGUACUCCACCAUUUUGUGGAGGUAUUCUUGUCAACAAUAGACGGAUCCUCACUGCUGCUCACAACUUAGUGGACGCCGUAUCAUCCGUCACACAGAUCACUGUUGUACUCGGCUCUACUACUAUAUUUACUGGGGGUACCAGACUAACCACCAACAGUUUUGUACUACACGAAAAUUACAACGCAGCAACUAUCAGAAACGAUGUGGCUAUGAUCAACUUACGGUCAGCAGUUUCGACUUCUAGUAUAAUUGCUCCUAUCGCGCUACCUUCUGGAUCUCAGCUGAACGAAAAUUUCGUUGGUGUUACCGCUGUGGCAUCAGGCUUCGGAAGAACUUCUGACAGCGGAGGUGUAGUCGCUAACCAGCGUCUGAGCUUCGUAAACGUGCCAGUGAUUUCAAACGCGGACUGUCGCUCCACGUUCGGUGGAAGCUUGCAGGACUCCAACAUAUGCACGAGUGGUGCUGGCGGUAGGAACAUCUGCACCGGUGACUCCGGUGGUCCACUCGCCGUUAUCAGGAACAACCGACCUUUGUUGGCACGUAUACUUUUCUUAUAUAUAAACAUCGAUAUCACAGAUUUUAUUUUACUUAGCAGUGACAACAUGAAGUUCUCGGCAUUGACUCUGUUGUGUCUAGUAGCGGCUGCCUGCGCGAGGCAUAUCACCCUCGAAGAUGUCAUCGAUUUUGAGCAAAGAACAGCGUAUGGAUACAUUGGAAGAGUCGGAAUUCCGUUAGCUGAGAAGAUCCGCAAAGCUGAGGAGGAAGCUCAACGUAACCCAAGCAGGAUCAUUGGCGGAUCUCACGCUAUUCUUGGACAAUUCCCAUACCAGGUUGGUCUAAUAACAGAAGUACCGAUGGGUAUGUCUGUGGCCAGUGCAGUUCUAGUAUCUCCAACGAGAGUACUCACUGCAGCUCACAACUUGGCUGAUGCUGUAGCAGUCGUGACGAGGAUCAACGUUGUUCUUGGCUCUGUCACGUUAUUCAGUGGUGGCACCCGAGUGGUUAGCAGUGACUUUGUUCUCCAUGAAAAUUACAUAGCAGCUACCAUCAGAAAUGACGUAGCUAUGAUCAACUUACCUUCUGCCGUCACUACUUCAAGUAUCCUCGCUCCAAUCGCUCUGCCAACUGGUGAGCAGCUGAAUGAAGACUUCGCUGGUGACAUAGCUAUUGCAUCUGGUUAUGGCAAAAUUGCAGAUGUUGGGUUCCCGAGUGAAAAUUUGCUCUACGUGGACUUGCCUGUGAUCAGCAAUGAUGAUUGCGCUCAGGUCUUCGGCUCGUUCGUCCAACCUUCUAACGUUUGCACCAGCGGCGCUGGUAACAAGGGCAUCUGCACUGGUGACUCUGGCGGUCCUCUCGCUGUUGUAAGGAACAACAGCCCACUCUUAAUUGGAAUUACUUCAUUCGGGGCCGGCAGUUGCGAAAGCGGAUUUCCCUCAGGAUAUGCACGAGUCACUUACUUCAUGAACUGGAUAAACAGCCACCUGUAAAAUUCAUCAUUAACAUCAGGCCAUAUAUUGACUGUAAAUAAAUAAAUUAAUAAGUAA